GUGAACAUAUUUAAGGACUAGUGGCUGAAGGUGGUGGGGAGAGAAAUGGGAUGGAGGGAAUUGUAGUAGGGAUCCCUGAGGGGAAGUUUGGCAAUGGAGGCAAUGUAACCUUAGGGAUAGUUGGCAUAGUGGGGAAACUUGGCAGUGGAGGCAGCUGUGUUGUGGGUUUAGGCAGCGAUGGCUGGUUGGUUGGCAAGUUUGGUAAAGUGGGUUGUGGCAGUGUUGGAAGAGGAGGUAAAGGUGGUAGUGUUGAAGCAGGUUUAGGCAACGUCGGUACAGCUGUCUGCAAAAGAUUACGCCCCGCUACGGUGACAUGGAUGCUGGAUGAGCACAAGAUAACGAAGAUAGCUAAGAAGCAGUACUUGCAAGAGGCCAUUGGUUCAAGCUAGCUCUCUCAAAAAGAUAUGGAAGUAAUUCUAA